UCCAUUCAAAAGAAUUGAACAAUGAGAAUGGAGAACGCACGGGACUUACUUAUAAGUAUAAAUUUAUAUCUAUAUGCGAUACAUAUAAACUAAAACCGGAAAUGCGAGUAUUCAAUAAGGAAAUUGAACAAAACACUAUCGGAAACUUUGUUCACGUUGAUCAGUUAUAUUUCCUUGAGGAUUACAAUGACGAUACGCUAUGGAGAAAUGCUGAAAAGUUGAGCAACGAUGGAAAUGUUCCAUAUUUAUAUUUUGCGUUUGGUAGCGAUUACAACGUUGCUGUAAAAACGUCUGCAAUUCUGGAAAGAAACUAUCAUGUUCUAUGGUUUAAAAAUGAUAGAGAAUCAUCAAGUAUAAUUGAUGAAUUGUGUGAGAAUAAAGAUUAUUUAGUAACAAUUGGCGACGAUAUAGGAAACACUCUUACGAAAUAUAUCAUACGUGUAAUUCCAUGGAGUAGAAUCACUUUUAAAAACAGAUCUAAUAAUUUUGUUGUAGAUUGUCGACGGUUCGACUGCAAUAGCGAUAAUAUAUUAAAAGAUAACUUUUGUCCUGAAUUGAUUAUAUUAUUAAAUAAUGAGUUUAAAAAUGAAAUAACCGACGAUGCAAAGAGCGAAUUGAUAGAUAAUUUAAGAAAACAUACAGUUCUACUUUUGACAGAUAUUCUAACAGAAGAACUGAAGGAUUAUGGUAUUGAAUUAGUAAGAACUAUCUAUAAUAAAUACACUUCAAAUCAUUCAGCUAUCGUAGGUGGACAUGUUCAGAUGAGGAAGAUUAUCUUUACAUUAGAUGCCGAAGAAUUUUAUCAUUCUACCGACAUCCGAUGGAUGAAUAGAUCGGAAAAUUCAGACGACAACCACAUCUAUUUAUAUUUCGAUAAGAUUUUAAUCAACGAUAUAAUUGGACGAUUGGUCAAUCUAUUCGUUGAAAAUAAGCGUUUACCGCCAGUUGUAACUUUUCGAGAUAACUGUAAUAUUCCUAUAAAAGUUAUUGAAACUAUAGAAAGGGAAAGCUACUUCUUAGACUUUAAAGUCGAUUCAAAAUUUAAAACUUACAUCUACCGCCUUUUUUUCUUGGAAAACAGUUUCAAUUUUCAAGAUAACGAAGAUAACGAAACGAAAAAAGUAUACUAUGAAAUUGCGCACAAAAAGAGCAUCUUAAGAUACGCUUUUAGGCAAUUGAUCAAUAAGAAUCAAUUACCUUUUACCGAUAGUUUUGUCCUGUCUUUUCUUUGCAAUACGGACACAACUUUAGACUUUAUGGCCGAGACGGCGCAGACUAUUAAAGAGAAUAUAAAAGAGACGCUAACCCUUUUUAAUCCAUGCAUUCUUACAAAUGGUUUAAAUCACGGUCUAUCUGAAUAUAUUGGAAAUCUGAUUGAUCAGAUGUGUUGUAUAGGUAUAGUAUAUAAAUCGGAAAAUUCACAAACCGGAUAUAUAACUACGAAUGAAAUAGAAGACGUUAAACCGCACUUGAAUCCUAAACAUAAUUGUUUUCUCUUUGUAAAAGCUUCAAUACAUGAAGAAUUAGAAGAAAAUGGUAUAGACACAUUCAUAACUAAAGGAAAUUCUAGAGAAUGCGUUUCGCUAAUACUAGGCGGAGAUUUCAAUACACUAAAAGAAAUUGUCAAGAGAAUACAGAGUAAGACAAGAGUUGUUGUUAUCGCUAAUUCGGGUCAUUUAGCCGAAUAUAUAUCUAUAAGACAAGAAAAUCGAAGAGAAGAUAACAACAACUUUUAUAAAGGUUUGAGUAAAUCUGAAAAGACGGAUUGCGAUAAAUAUAUUGAAUUUAUAUUGAAAUCUGAAUGGUUAAAAGUUGUUCGAUUAGAGAAGAAAGACGAUUUGAAAAAUGCACUACAAUCGUUCGUUUAUAACGGUAAAAUUAAAUUCGACGAUGGAUGCGAAGGUUCCUAUCAUAAACUUAAGGGAAACUCUGAUAUACUUAGAGUUUGUAAGCAAUUGUUUGCCGAACAAUCUCUUAGGAAUACGAAUUUACUUAUAACGUUCAACAACAGUUGGGAGAAUGACGAUCUAAGUAGGGAAUUUCUGUAUAACUUUGAAGAGGCUUUCUAUAUUGUACUCAAAGAUUAUUCACCUUUAAUCUUGACCGACGGACUACCCAGCGGAAUAACUAAUAUCGUUGUUAAAACGUUAAAGUUAAUUGGUGAAAAAAGAAUUGAAUGCUACGGCAUUUUACCAUUAUCUAUUGGAAACGAUUGGAAUGAACCGGAAGUUCAAUUGAAUUUUAAAAAUAGGCGUUUAUGCAAUUAUCAUAGACGCUUUUUCGCCUCAACAGACGAUAAAGUUCGGAAUAUUGAAACUAAAUUGCAACUUUGCGAACAGAUAAGAAGAGAGUAUAGACAGAUAAAACCGACCGUGUUGUUAUCUAUACUUUUUGUAAUUGGCGGUAAACUAUUCGACGCCAUAACAGACGUUUUUACAGCGUCUUUGCGUCGAGAAGAACACAAGAUAUUUAUAUUUAAAAAUUCUGGAAAAUCUUCAACAUUCCUCGUAAAAUUCUACGAAAGAACGAAAAACCUACAAGAAAUCUAUAGUCGACGCGAAGAAUGGAUAAAAGAGUUGAAAGGUGCCGGCAUUGAAGACUCCCAAUUGGAUACAUCCUGGAAUAACCUGGUUGACAUUCACAAGAAACUAGAAGAUAUUUAUACAAUCAACUUGAUUUCUACAACCGAAAACGAACUAACAUUAGCAAUCAACGGUAUUAAUCCGUCAAUUAAUGAAGAUAGGGAAGAUUCAUUGGAAGAAGCGUUAAUCAACGAUAACGUUAAUCAUUUAAAAAAACUACAUAACAACGAUCAGACGAUUAUUGAGACAAUCUACGUGGACGAUCUACUACAUUCGUUGUACUACGAAAGGGAGAAAUCCGAAUUUCUAUCCGAAAUAUUAAGGCAUUUCUUACAGUUUCUUUCAACUCCAAACAAAGAUAUUAUUACGGAUUCUAUCAAAGAAGAAAUUACAAAUAUAUCUAGAUUAUUUCAAGACGAUAGCGAAAUAUUAUCGCUAAUUGACAAUUAUCAUUCGGCCAAGAAAGAAUUCUCGCAAUUACUAUCGACCAUAGAAGAUGAACGAUCCCAAAAAAAGAAGAGAAAGGAGAAGGGAAGCGCUUACGAAUUGAAAAGAUUUCAACCUAAAGGACUAUUGAGUAAGCGUUGUAUUGAUAAGCUAAAAAGACUUUUAAAGGUAUUACUAUCGCCUAAAUGCAAAGAACAUUACAGAUCGGGAAUUCAUAUAGUUGUACAUAAUGUUAAAACUAUACUAGAAAUAAACCAAAACCUUUAUAAGUGCAGUUUCUUCAAAGCUUUUAAACUAGUCGCCAAACAGUAUAAUUCAGAUUUUGAUUUGUACGAAAAUAGCUUUCUGGAUUGGAAAUGCUCGAAGAAAAGAUGGAUUUUUCUAUGGGCAAUCGUUAGCGAUAAAGCCAAAGUUGCAGAUUAUUUUUGGGUUAAGGGAGAAAGUUCGAUAAGAUACGCACUCUUUGCAGUUGGAAUUUUAAAAUGUUCUUUAAAUACUGAAAAUGAUAUUGUACUCUCAACGGAAAUGUCUAAAAGACAAGAUCUAUGGGAGAGGAGAGCUUGCGGAAAUCUGGAACAUUGUUACGCGUUAAACAGUUCAAAAGGAUUUGAAGUUAGCGCUACAAAAUCGAAAGAAUGGGAAAAUAAAAAUAUGCUCCAACUGGCUAGAUCCGUUGAAUCGUUAACAUUUUUUGAAAAUCCUCUCUGCCAAAGAUACUUGAAUAAUAAAUGGAAAGGGAGAAGAAUAUUCCUAUCGGCAAGAUUAAAGUUUACUAUCUAUUCGUCUUUCUACAUUUUCUUUGUCAUGUUAUUCUCCUACUUUUACCUUAUCGACCUGAAACCUUUGGAGAAUGGCUCUCUGCCAUUAAGCGAAAAAAUCACCUACGCUUGGUUUCUCUAUAUUCUAAUCGAAGAAAUCAUUCAAGUUUAGUUAUUAAAGUCAAGACGAUAUUGCGCAAUAAUCAAUGUUUUUUUUUUGUUUUUUUGCUUUUUUC